AUGGACCCAAGACAAUCCCAGCCCCAGCCUCAACCGCGCCAACCCCCCUCAUCCUCGCAACACCUCCGACCUCCGCCGCACCACCGCCCCUCCGCAGCUCCCUCCCCAUCCUCAUCAACACAAUCCUCCCCCACGCCCCGACCCCCGGCCGCGCAAAUCACCGCCCAUCCCACCAGUACAAUCUCCGAUAGCGCGAACUUCGUUGGCCCCUACACCGUCUCAAUUGGGAAGGGCACAAUCAUCCACCCGCGCACCCGGAUCUGCGCAACCGAGGGCCCCGUGAGAAUCGGCGACGGGUGCAUUAUCGCGGAGAAGACUGUUAUCGGUGCUCUUCCUGGGCCGUCUACACCUUCUUCCCCGAAACUUGGUGGUGGUGAAAGUGGUGAUUCUGCAGAGGAACAGGCUAUUGUGAUCUCGUCGAACGUCACGGUUGGGGUCCAGGUUACGGUUCAGCCUGGGGCGCGACUUCAUUCUGGGGUUGUGGUUGAUAACCAGGCUUUUGUGGGGAGGGGAGCGGAUGUGGGUGCGCAUUCGAAGAUCUGUGCGAGAUACGAACUUGUUGAUGGGGCCAGGGUGAAGGAGUGGGUUGUUGUUUGGGGUGCUGGGAAGGGGGCCGGGGUGAAAAAGAGAGUCAAGACGCAGAAGAAGGUUGUUAGUCCGUUUGGACUAGGUGGUGGGGAAGGGAAAGGACAAGACGGGGUGUUGGAGGGGCGGGUUAUUGAGGAUGCGAGAAUGGUUGCGAUGAAAAGGGAGAGGGAGGCGCUUUCGAGGUUUAUUGUUGGGGUGAAGAGGAAGUCAUGA